AUGCUCUUGCCUUUAUCCACAUUCGUACUGCUUUACAAUUCCAUUGAACUUCCAAAACUUGGAACGGUGGACCGGCUGCCCACCGAUGGUGAAGUGAGUCUACGUCGAACCGGUCCGCAGGGCGGGGACUUCGAUUCGUUGAGCAGUUGCAGUGGCAGCAGCAUCAGCGCUCCGACUCCACCCACUCGCUCGCGCAUUCUCCAUCGCCUGAGGCGUUUGUCAGUGCCAUUGGUGCUGGGUCAAUUUCUCUCUGCCUUGAUAGCUGUCACCGGCAUAGCCAGCAACUAUCUUGUCCGCUUCGGGGUCAGCCUUCCACUCACCCAGAACCUCCCACACUACUUCCUCCUUGCCCUUGUCUACGGCAUCCUCAGCUGGCACAGACUCCUCUUCCACCCCACUGAUAGCACUCUCACGCGCACUCAGAACUUUUGGUACUUCCUACGCGAUCGUGGCUGGCAGUACUUUAUUGCUGGCACCAUCGAUGUGCAUGCGAACUGGGCAAUCGUCUCUGCCUAUAGCUACACCAACCUGACCAGUGUACAGCUCCUUGAUUGUCUCGCCAUCCCCACAGCUAUGAUUCUUAGCCGAUUCUGCUUGAAAACACGCUACAAGUGUGUCCACAUUAUCGGCGUGAUCACCUGCUUGGCUGGCGCCGGAGCCAUGGUUGGUGCAGACUACCUGGCAGCGAAGGCGGUCGACACCAGUGUAGGCACGGUUUCUGCUGGCGCCACCCCUCAAACCUCAUCGGUGAUAUUUGGCGACUUUUUGGUAAUCGCUGGAGCGGUAGGAUACGGCGCUUCUAACGUUUAUCAGGAGUACCUUGUGCGGAAGUUUGGGGUUAUCGACUACCUGAGUUUCUCUGCACUUGCGGGUACUCUUUGGACAGCCAUUUACUUCAUCAGUCUGGAGUACAAAAAAAGUAGUGAACUAAUUCACUUACCGGCAAAUCCGAACUUGACCGCCUCCCUGGGGUGCCUGGCGGGAUAUUCUGCAGCAAUGUUUCUGCUCUACACUGUACUACCAUUCGCCCUGUCGAGAACCAACUCGGUUUUGGUGAACCUCUCCCUUCUCACCGCGGACCUAUACGCUCUGCUGAUCGGUAUCUACCUCUUUGGAAAUAUCUUUCAUUCCCUCUACCUUGCGUCCUUGGGAGUAAUUAUGUUGGGCCUCUGCCUAUUUGCCUCCAGAGACCCCAUGUUCCAAGGCAUGACCGAGACUCCCCUGGAUGAGGACGACGCCUGA